GAUUUGAUUUGAGCAUUAGAAAAGCAAGAGAAUCUAAUGUGGCCUUUCUAGGAAAUUAGAAAAGUAUGUUUGGUAAUUUUUGCAUGAACCAAUAAGGUUUUUAGGUGCAACUUUUGAUGAGACUAAUUGGGCCUGGUGGGCUUGAAAGGCCCAAGAGAGAGUAAAAUUCGGGGAAGACAGUUAAAACUUUAGCACAGGAAAGCAAGAUGACACGGAGCAUCAGAGUCAACAUCACAUGUUCUCCACUUCACAUAUUUUCAUCGCAUCAUCAUCAUCACCGUCAUCUCAUGCACAACCCAUGUGGAGGCACAUCGCAUCCACCACCACCACCACCACAUAUACCAACCAAAAACGACGUCGUUUACCUCCCGCUUCUUCAACCAUACCGCCGCGCCCAUGAUCCCGCGCCCACCCCCCAUAUGCUGACCAACGCCGCCGUCGCCGUCUCCUCCUGGCUCCGCCGCCGCCGGAUCCGCUACUUUUUCCUCUUCCUCUGCUCCCCGCUUCUCCUCCUUCUCCUCUGCGCCGCCCUCCCCUUCCUCUGCGCAGCCGAGCUCUGCCUCCGCCUCCGCCUCUGGGGGAAGCUCCUCCGCCGCGACUCCGCCGCCGCCGAUCGUCUCCGCCGCUGCGAGGAAGGGUUCUGCGAGGAGCAGCAGCGGGAGAAGGGCCUCUUGCAUCGGUACCUGGAAGAUCAACUUUUUCUCGUGGGAUCCAUGUACGAGUGCGGCGACGAUGACGAUAACGACGGCAACGACGAAGUAGAAGGUUCUAGAAGCGUUGAAGAUGUUGAAAGGAUAGGUAGUUCCACUGCUAGAAACCCUCUCUUGAGAUGAUAUCACACAGUGAAACAAAGGAAAGAAAAAAAAUAAACUUUUUAUUUUUUACAUUUUGUGUGUAUAUAAAUGUCUAAUAUUAUUCAUUA